AUGCCAAAAUAUUAAUUUAGGAUCCAAGGGUUGCAGUCCCAAUUAUGCAAUUAGAAAUCAACAUCACCCUAAUAGGCCAACUAUGAGGACUCUUUGGCCGCUGAAUGUUUGAUAAGGACGUAAAUGGAAAAAGGAGACAUGGAGGACCCGAUUUUAAGAUAUUUAUUCAUUAGAAAUCAAGAUCUAAAUACGGUGAGAUGGAGGUUGGUCUUCUCUUCAAGAGAAUGCUUACGUGUUGGAUAGAGAAGAAGGACAUGGGAUGAAAGACCUUUUAAAGAUGAAGAUAUAGGAAUGUCUUAUUGA